AUGUCUUCCAAGAAAGAAAAGCUUUUGAAGAAAUACUUGGAAAAGAAAAAAAAGCAAAGAAGCAGAGACGAUCUGUAUGCGCAGAUAGCUGCACUGAGCAGGCCCAAGGAGCAUGGUGAUGGUGAGAAAAAGCCUGGUGGGGAAGGCCCAGGGGUGUUUGAAGAAGUCCAGUACGAUAUGAGUGAUGUAUCGACCUCAACAACAGAAGAUCUUCCGCAAAACUUAGAGAAUGAAGAUCCUCCAUCUGUAGUGAUGGAAGUGCCUACUGCAUGCGAAGCCACAGAGGACUUGGACAGGGAGGAUGCUAUCUCCAUGUACCUAUGGGACUCUCACGUGAGGAAUGUCCAUGAGGAAUAUGCAGACGCCGCCACUUCUCCUGAAUAUGAGGGAGUGGUGGAGUGCAAGGACAUUUCUGAAUUCUCUAUUACUGAGGACGGAAAUGCCUGCAUUGCGGAGGAUGCAAGGAAAGUUGUGAGGAGAUAUGAUACAAAAACCCUUGAAAAUAGAAGAGAGGACAUCGAAGAAUCAAGAAAGGCCUUACCCAUUUAUUAUGAGAAGGCCGAGAUUAUAUGUGCUGUCCGGGCAUCGCCUGUGGUUUUUGUUACCGGGGCGGCAGGAUGUGGGAAAACAACACAGAUUCCCCAGUUUCUCUAUGAGGGAGGGCUUGGAACGGAGGGGAUGAUAGGUGUUACGCAGCCAAGGAGAAUAUCGGCAAUCUCGAUAUGUGCCAGGAUCAAUGAGGAAGCAAACGAAAAUCUUUGUGGAUAUAAGAUUAGAUAUGAAUCGACUGUUACUCCGGAAACAAAGAUUAAGAUGAUGACGGAUGGGGUCCUGCUUAGGGAGAUACAGGAGGACUUUCUUCUGUCGAAGUACUCUGUCAUAAUCAUCGACGAGAUCCAUGAGAGAAGUGCUAACAUUGAUCUUUUGAUUUCGAUUAUUCCAAGGAUCAUGAAGGUUAGAAAGGAAAGAGGGUGCGAGCUUAAGCUGGUUUUGAUGAGUGCCACCGGGGAUGUGGACGAGCUCAGGGGAUUUCUCGGAGAUAUUACGGUCUUUGUGUGCCCUGAGAAGAGAUUCCAAGUAAGCACGUUCUAUGAAGAGAAGACGCCGGAGGAUUACCUGAAUGCAGCAUAUGAAAGAGUAAGGAAAAUAGUUCUUUCUGGAUCUGGGGCCAGGAAGAAAAGGAGAGUGAAUGGAGGAAAGAUUGAUAUGAUAGGGUCUGGGGUCUCCAACGACGCAUCUGCCUCGAUCCUUGUUUUUCUCACCAGCAAGCAGGAGAUAUAUCAGCUCAAAAGUAGGUUAGAAGGUUCCGGGAUGGACAUAACAGUACUUCCCCUUCACUCGUCUCUUUCGAAAGCAGAGCAGGAGGUUGUGUUCAACAAGACGCAGAACAGAAAGGUGGUUCUUGCCACUAACAUUGCAGAGACAAGCAUCACCAUACCGGACGUUGUCUUUGUGAUUGAUUCUGGAAAGGUCAAGAACAAGAUAGUGGAUUCCGAGGGAGUUACGAGGUAUUCCGUGGACUUCAUCACAAAGUCCAGUGCGAUUCAGCGAAUGGGGAGGGCAGGAAGGACUGGGCCGGGGAUAUGCUACAGACUGUAUUCUGGAGAGGCCUACGAGAGGUUCUAUGAAUCUCCGGAGCCACAGAUUUUAAAAGAGCCUCUUGACAGCAUUGUUUUGAGUCUCAUGUCCUUAGGAAUUGGAAAUGUGCAAGCAUUUCCAUUUUUAUCCAAGCCAAGAAGGGCAAGCAUAGCCAAUGCCAUCACCCGUCUUCAGGGCCUAGGUGCUGUCGACAAGAACUUACAUCUAACGGAUAUGGGAAAGAAGAUGUCAAGAUAUCCCAUAGAGCCCAGGCUUGCAAGGUUGCUUUGCACACAAGGCCUUGAGGAUAUAUUUGCUGAGAUCCUUGCUCUUGUCAGCCUGAUUUCUUCUGGAGCCGAGAUAAAAAGAAACAGCAACAACAAGAAGUAUUUUGAAGGCUCGAAGAGCGACUUUCUUGUCCAGCUGAGUAUAUACAAAGACUUUUUAGGAAGUAAAAGCAGAAGAGCAUUCUGUGUAGAGAUGGGCCUGAACUACACCACUGCAGUUGAAACGAUGAAGAUGAUGAAGCAUCUGCUAAGAAUGGCUGGAUGGCCGGCAGAUAAGGAUGUAUCCCUAGAUCUAUCACAGGAUGUGUGCCUGAAAAUGAGGAAUAUGAUAUACAGGAGCUUUGCUGAUCAUCUAGCAAUCCCGCUGUCUGGAUCACAUUUCUUCCACAAGGAAGAAGUUGUCCCAUCAAGAGACAGUAUCUCUGUUAACAACGACGACUUCGUCGUAUUUGACACGCUAGUUUCCACCAAAGGCAAGCUAUAUAUGAAAAAUGUCACAGUUGUCGAGAAAACCUGGUUCUGA